CUGCGCGCGCAGCGCAUGCACAUAGACUGUAGUAAACGCGGAUAUUUUGGGCGAAAGGAUGACCGCACUUGCCAUGGACUUGUCGUGUUAGAACUCGUCGUGAGACUACAGUAGUAUGGACCAGUUAUGUUGUCCAGAAAAGGGCUCAUUCCUGAGGAUUAUGUGGUGACUCGCUUGGCGGAGGAUGUGUUACAGCCCAAAUAUAAAACGAAACAUCGUAAAGCGCGAUUCGUUGCCAAGAACGGAACAUGUAACGUUGCGCACACGAAUAUUCGCGAACAAGGACGGUUUCUACAAGACGUUUUCACCACCCUUGUAGAUCUAAAAUGGCUUCACACUCUUCUGAUAUUCACAAUGUCCUUCCUGUGCAGCUGGCUUUUGUUUGGCAUGAUCUGGUGGCUCAUCGCCUUCGCGCACGGAGACCUGGACGUGAAAGGUGACGACUUUGUGCCGUGCGUAACGGACAUCCACUCGUUCUCCUCCGCUUUUCUGUUCUCCAUCGAAGUCCAGGUGACCAUCGGCUUUGGAGGACGGAUGAUCACGGAGGAAUGCGUACCAGCCAUCGUUAUAUUAAUCAUUCAGAACAUAGUAGGUUUGGUGAUCAAUGCCAUCAUGUUAGGAUGCAUUUUCAUGAAAACGGCGCAAGCAAACCGGCGAGCAGAAACGCUGAUCUUCAGCAAACAUGCGGUUAUAACGGUCCGAAACAACAAGCUAUGCUUCAUGUUUCGCCUCGGAGACUUGAGGAAAAGCAUGAUCAUCACUGCGACCGUCCACGUGCAGGUGGUGAGGAAAACCGUCACCAACGAAGGCGAACUGGUGCCACUGGACCAGAUAGACAUCCAAAUGGACAACCCGGUGGGCACCAACAGCAUCUUCCUGGUCUCUCCUCUCAUUAUCAGUCAUGUUAUUGAUAAAAACAGCCCUCUCUAUGAUCUUUCUGCGGCUGAUCUGCUCCAUGAAGACAUUGAGGUGAUCGUCAUACUGGAGGGGGUGGUGGAGACCACCGGUAUCACCACACAAGCGCGGACCUCUUACCUGUCCGAGGAGAUCUUGUGGGGGCACAGGUUCGUGCCCACGGUGUCUGAAGAAGAUGGGAUGUAUGCUGUGGACUAUUCUAAAUUUGGAAACACGAUUAAAGUGCCCACGCCGAGCUGCAGUGCGCGGACAUUGGAUAUGGAGGGCGGGUUGGAGAGGUUUAAAGUGCAGGAAUUCACCAGCAGCAAUAGAGCAUCAGUGAGAAGACGAAUCAAAAACACCAAAGAAGAGUGAAUUUGUUAAUUUAUCGUAAUUUCUGGGUUCAAUACAUGUUAAGCUCAAUCGACAGCAUUUGUGGUAUAAUGUUGAUUUCCACAAAAGAUCUUUUCGGCUCGUCCCUCAUUUAUUAACAGCAAAAAUGGAGGUUAUAGUGAAGCACUAACAUUGGAAGUGAAUGGGGCCAAUUUUGGAGGGUUUAAACAGAAAUGUGAAGCUUAUUACAUUAAUUCUGUUAAAAUUCAUGUAUAUUUCAGCUGUAAAACUGAAUAAAUCAUAAUUGUUACCGUCGUUUUAGGGUUUGUUGACAUUAUAUCGUCAUGGCUUGGACUGGCUUCAUCCACUUCCGUUGUAAGUGCCUACUGGAACCAAGGAGGGACAAUUCAAAAAUAAAUGUUACACUUACAACGGAAGUGGAUGAAGCAAUGGAUGAGAAUGAAAAUUCUGUCGUAAUUUUCUCACCCUCAUGCCAUCCCUAAUAUAACUUUCUUCUGCAGAACACAAACAAAGAUUUUUAGAAGAAUAUCUCAGCUCUGUUGGCCUAAGUGAAUGGGUACCAACAUUUUCAAGCGCCAGAAAGUACAAAGUCAUCAUAAGGGAUUGAGUGAGAAACAGACCAAUAUUGAAGUACUUUUUUUACUAUAAAUUCUCCUACCUACCCAGUAGGUGGCGAUAUGCAUGAAGAAUGUGAAUCGCCAAAAACAAUAGAAUAAUUUGAACGUGAAAGUGAAGAUUAAGAGUAAAAAGGAUUUAAAUAUUGAUGUUUCUCACCCACAUUAAUUAUAUUGCUUCUAAAGUUAUGGCUUAAACCACUGGAGUCAUAUGGAUUAAUUGUAUGCUGCCUUUGUGCUUUUAUUGUAUGGACCUACAGAGCUGAAAUAUUCUUCUAAAAAUCUUUGUUUGUGCUCUGCAGAAGAAAGGAAUUCAUACACAUCUGAGAUGUCAUGAGGGUGAGAACAUAAUGACAGAAUUUUCAUUUUGGGGUAUUUCUUUAACUUGUAUUGAACCCUGCAUGUUCCUCUAAAGUAAAGGAGGGACGAGUCGAAAUUACAUUUUGUGAUAAUCAGCAUUAUGCUGUCAAUUGAGCUUAACAUGUAUUGAACCAGUAAUAUUCUUUUAAUAUAUUUGUUUAUGAUGUAUGUUUAUGAUGUAUUGUUUAUGAUGUUAUGAUGUGUGUGCAUUAAAACAAACUUUAGAGUUGGAAUUUUCAGGUAGCGACGGUAUUCACGAUAGUUUAGAUGGGUAUAAAGAUCUCUUAAUGCAAUAUAUGCACGUUUCAAAAACGCUCUCAGGGUAUUGAGUGAUACAUAUGCACAUGGUUUGGAAAAUGCAUGACGUUUAAUAAAUCCCUGUUUUAUGCUUUGCUAUAUAAAUAAAUCAGCCUAUUUAUUUGUG